UGGCAGAUGCCAGUGAGGGCUCACGUGUUUGUGGAAACUGCUCGGACCCAGAAGAGGAUGAAUGCUCCGAUAAUGAUUUUGAGACGUCAAAACUCGGCACAAAAGAGUAUUUGUCUUGAGUGUGUAAUUUGCAACACAGAUCUUCAAUUGGAUGUCUUACUCUGCAGUUGGGAGGAAGCCUACCAGAAAGAACUAGAGACUUUUAAAGACAUUGGAGACGUUGGAGAAAUAUGGUUCGGCGAGGAAAGCAUGAGCCGUGUCCUGCGAUGGAUGGACAAAGCUAAGAUCCCUAAAGAUGCUGCCAUCCUCGACAUCGGCACUGGAAAUGGGGCCUUCCUGGUUGAACUGGCGAAUCAUGGAUACAGGAGCCUUACCGGGGUAGAUUAUUCCCCAGCAUCAAUAGAACUGGCCCGAAACGUUCUGCAGGCGGAGGGCUUGACUGAUGUCACUGUGAAGGAGACAGAUUUCCUGAACUGCGGAGGAGAACUCGGAGAGUUUGACGUCUGCAUCGACAAAGGAACUUUUGACGCGAUUAGUUUAAAUCCAGACAACAACAAGGAGUGCAAAAAACUAUAUGUCCAUACUCUAAAAGAGGCCCUUAAAGACAAUGGCUUCUUUGCCAUCACCUCCUGUAACUGGACCAAAGAGCAGCUGCUGGAGAGAUUCUGUGAAGGAUUUGAAUUUGUGCAGGAGUUGCCUACUCCCAGUUUCCAAUUUGGAGGAAAAACCGGCAACAGUGUGGCAGCACUCAUCUUCAAGAGAGUGCAUUGACCGAAGUUUCACCAGUGAAUGUUUGUUUUUGUUCAACUUACAAUUUUUCUAUUUAACACAAGAUAUUUUACCGUGAUCUUUUGUACAAGGCCUGACUAUAGUAUGUUGCAAUAAAGCAAAUGCACAGUAAUUGU